GCGCGGGGCCGCUACGUGAGCUGGGCGCGCGGGGCUGCGCUCGUGUGCGCUCGCCGCCGCCGCCGACGCGCCUUUGAGUCAGCAAACUCCGCCGCCCGCCUGCCCGCCGGCCCGCCGGCCCGCCGGUCCUGCUGUGCCAGGCUCUGCCCGGAGGUGCAGCCCGUCGAUCGUGUCCUGUGUUGAAGAUGUUUCCAGAACAGCAGAAAGAGGAAUUUGUAAGUGUUUGGGUUCGAGAUCCUAGGAUUCAGAAGGAGGACUUCUGGCAUUCUUAUAUUGACUAUGAGAUAUGUAUUCAUACCAAUAGCAUGUGUUUUACAAUGAAAACAUCCUGUGUACGAAGAAGAUACAGAGAAUUUGUGUGGCUGAGGCAGAGACUCCAAAGUAAUGCAUUACUGGUACAACUGCCAGAACUUCCAUCUAAAAACCUAUUUUUCAACAUGAACAAUCGCCAGCAUGUAGAUCAACGCCGUCAGGGUUUGGAAGAUUUCCUCAGAAAGGUCCUACAGAAUGCACUUCUGCUUUCAGAUAGCAGCCUUCACCUCUUCCUGCAAAGCCAUCUGAAUUCAGAAGACAUCGAGGCAUGUGUUUCCGGGCAGACUAAGUACUCCGUAGAAGAAGCAAUUCACAAGUUUGCCUUGAUGAACAGACGUUUCCCUGAAGAAGAAGAAGAAGGAAAAAAAGAAAAUGAUAUAGAUUAUGAUUCGGAAAGUUCAUCCUCUGGGUUUGGACAUAGUAGUGAUGACAGCAGUUCACACGGAUGUAAAAUGAGCACAGCUCUGCAGGAAUCCUGAAAAAUAAUUGUAAUGUUACCAUUUUAGGAAUAGCAAACUGUGUCCAGUCAUAGAGCAGAAAGCUUGCUAAUAAUAUAUUCUUACCUAAAGCUCACUGUCAUAUUAAGUAUUUAAAUUCGUAAAGAUGUUGUGUUGUUUAUUAGUGGUAUUUUUAUGUUGUCCUAUUUUGGCUAAGCUUCUGUAAAAAGCUAAAAGCCAGUGAAUGCAGUAUUCUCCUUGAUAGGCGCACGCUAUUGGUAAAACAAGAUCCUGCCCUCAAAUGAAAUGAUUUAUAUGUUUAAAAAAACCUAGUUGGCUUUAUUGCAUUUUAAAAGAUAGGUAAAUAGGUAGCAUUUGAAAUCCAGAUAGAGAAUUCCUUCUUGUAUCACUGGGGCAGUGUUAGCAUAAACACAGCAGGUAUGGUCUUAGCCACUACGAAGACUUUCGGCACAGACCAGAAUGCCUCUCAGACAGGCGGUUGGAAUUCUGUGGGUACCUCCCCUGCACUGGGAAAACACUUACUUUUGGGGUGGUUGAUUGAAAUAUUUUAAGAGUGUUUAACCUUUCCAGUAUUCUAUUUCACACGUAAAUGGAAAAUGUAUCUUACGAAUAGAGAGACAUGUUAAAAUAAUGUUUACAUCUUAGAGAAAAAGCCCAGAAAUAGCACUAGUCAUUUUGCUUAUAUUUGCAAUAUAUAGAUUCAGAAAUACAUUUUCAUUGUCCAAAAUCAGCUUUAACACAUGGUUUCUGGAAACAAACCAUUUGUUUUCAUUAUCUAUGUGUAAUUAGAAUUACAGGUUCAUGAUUUAUUUUCUGACUUAAUGUGCAAUUUCUUAUCACUAGAUAACUUUCAGUGUCAGUGACAGUUGCUUGUUACUUUUUUAAGUUAAAAGUAGGAUCUUAUAAAAAUUAAUAAAUUUUGCCAAUA